AUGAGAUAUAGAGAGGAAGGGAAGGGCUUAGGAAAGUCCUCUUCGCUGUUGUCGCGAUUUGCUUCCUUUCUAGCACCAAAAAAAGGCGACCCCAAUUCGGCUCGAGGCGGAAAGGCUCUACAUGUUAGCGACGCUACUGUUCCUGGUGGGUUCUACGUGCCUAGCUCCCACGAAAGCUAUCCAGCAACCAUAAUUCGCAGCUUUAGCGAAAAAUCUGACAGAAGGCAUGAGUGUGAGACGGUUGAAACUCAAUCAAAUGCAACCCAGGUUCUUGCCGAUUUUUUCAAGAAUAAAGCUGGAAAGUCGUUAUCGGAUGUCGAAUACGAAGGAGUUUUGUCUUUGAUGAGGAAAAGCAGAUCUGUUGAGUCUUCCCCAACUCCAGCCUAUGAGCAGUCUACCCAAAGUUUCAAGCUGGGUAACAAAAUGCUAAGAUCGCAGCAUAGUUCCAGAGAGAAGGAAAGUUUUGAAACGCCCUCAUACAAGCCCAAGUAUGAUAAAAGUCUGACAGCGGAUUCAUCUCUACAAAGCGUCAAUUUCACUGGCAAAAGAAGGGUUUUUGACUAUUCUAGUCUACCAUCUCCAUACAGAACAACAAUUCAUAAGUAUAGCUCUGCAUUUCGAUCUCGUCCAAGGUCUACAAAUGGAGUGCAGAAGCCACAGGAAAAAACCAAUAAGACUUCGACGACGCAGAAAAUCAGCAACACGGCAGCCACACUGAUCUCUUUACUGGAUGAAGACACCAAUACGACGUUAAACAACCUCGCAAACCCGUACUCUCCUUUGGUAUCUGAAAUUAAACGUCACAGGCGGACACCAAAUAUACUGCCCGGAAACGAGUCUCAAAAUCAAUCGAUAGGAAGCACACCAGUCAAAUCAUUUGCCUUGUCAUCAGUCGAAAAUUCCGAGAAUACGGACAUUACAAAUGAGUCUGAGAAUAAGGGCCACUUGUUUGAUAAAUACAGACCUACCAAAUCUUCGUCUCUCAGACAGUCACAUUCAAUCGAUUCAGAAAAGUUUAAGAAUACAGAGCAAUCGUCUGCUGAAACAAAAAAUCUAUCGGUCCCAACAUCAUCCUUUAAUUUCCAGUUUAAGAAGCCAGUUGCACAGACUAAGAUCUCCAAAUCACCAUCUCAGCCGACUUCAUCUUUUAAAGGAAAGAUAUUUGUGAAAGAUGAUAUUGAUCAAAAUGAAGAUAUUGAAAGGAAACCCGAUCUAGAGGAGCAUGAAGAGGCCUUCAACGAGAACGAGGGGUUAAAUGAGCGAACAUUUCCUGCUUCUCUGCCUAAAUCUCACAUGGUCGAUAGCUACCAGAACUCGAGUUUGAAAGGGCUGAAAAGUUCUUUCACUUUCGAAACUCCGCUAUCUGUGUCCGAAGACUCGGCACCAAUUAAUCAAGAACAAGUUGCGAAGUGUAGAUCUCUCUUCAUAUUUUAA